AACCGUCAUUCAGUGCGGUUGUUUUCGACGGCAGAAAAAAAAAUUAAGUAAAAAACGUCAGUGUAUUCAACGUAACACUACACACUGACACGUACUUUGUAUAUCUUAUCAAAAUACGAAACUCGUCAUAUUCUCCCUCUCUCUCUUUCAACAUAUGAGUGCAUUGGGUUUGGUUGAGUACGUGAAGUGAUUAUAUCGUGUAUUUGAUGGAAAAUGCAUGCAAAGCAAAUUCGCAUGCGCGGCAAAUUGCCAUAAACGGGGGAGCAAUACCGAGUGUAUAGAAUGAAAGCUUUUCCAAUUCUCGUUCAGUCAGAACAGUAAAGGGAAGCAAAAACUCGUUUUCAAGUGGUCGUCGUGUUGUUUCUUUUAUUGUGAUUCGUAAAGACCCUGACAGAGCUUCAAAAUUGUGUUAUAUUUUAUUGUCAAUCUCUUGAUAUAAAUAAAAUAACCUUAAUUGCCCGAAAUUUGCCAGUUUCUAGUUGUAAAAUUUAAUGAAUAAUUCGUUCAAUUGUUGAAAGUAAUCGUUUGUGUUCUGAUUUUACCAUUCCAAAAAAACUAAAAUCGUGUUAACUACAUUCCCAAGUAUUUAGUAUAUCAAUUCGUCCAAUUGUGCCGUUUAAACGUAAUAGAUUUUAAAAUCGAUGAAAAAAACGAAAAUCAAAACAAAACCAAUAGCAUAAAAGUGCUAAAAAUGGAAUGAAACAUACCAGCAUAAAGUGAACCAGCGUUUUUUCUUUACUUCACCCAGCAAAUGGGCCUUUCCAUCACAUAAAUAAUAAACGAGCUGACAUUGCAUACAUCGCAAGUAUGACGACAGAGAAAAUCUAUUGGAAGGAUCACGUGACAUACAUUUAAUUGUGCUUUUGAAGUUAGUGCGCGUGAGUGACGCUGUUCUCAAUUUGAUUGUAGACGGUUUGAUAAAAUCAAAUUGCCUCCGGAUUGAAACCAAAACAUUUACGAGAUUUUAAUCUGUUGGUUAUUUUGCUUUGAAACAGAAUCGAAAAAGAAAAAAAAUAGAACGCAAUUUCAUAUCGAAUAGAUUUCGAGGAGGAAACAAUUGAAAAGCAUAUAAAUCGAGUGAUAAAUAGUAAAAAUUGAACUGUAAAUGAUGGAUUCUGUGAAUGUGCCGCUUCGAUCGAGCGGUAAAAAAAUGCGAAAAAGGCGCGAAUUAGAUGCACUUGUUGCCCACAGCCUAGCAAAAAGAGCAUGUAAUUCAGGCAAACGACAAGCAGCUGGAAAUGGCAUCAAUUCACAGGAUCAAUUGCUGUCAGUGUCCACAGACGACCAAGAAGAAUAUUCAUUGUCGAAAAUUCAAAUAGCGAAGCGUCAUCGAAAGCAUUACUCAUUUUUGCGAACCUGUGUCCCAUUGCUGUUCAUUUUCAGCGUUUUUCUUUUAAUUUCGUUAAUGUAUUGGCUAUAUUUCGAUCUGCGGGAACAACUUUCUGAACAUCGUACAAAAUUAGAACAAGCGUCUGCAAUAUGCUCGAAUAUGCCAGAGACUUUACAUAAAUUACACGAAAGUUUACAAACAUUGGAGCAGAACCAAACGGCCAUUGGCAAUAAAAUAUAUGAAAUACAACAGCGCAUUGAAACGGUCGAAAAGGAGUUCACACAAUUAAAAGACAGUAUCCGUAAGGGUGACGGUCCAGAUGGAGAUAAGGCGAUUGAUUUAAAAAAUACGGUCAGUGGAUUUGGUGCCAAAAUUCAAGCUCUUGAAACUGAUGUGAAGACUAUUAAAGAAGGUUACUCGGGUAUACAAUCCGCCCAGCAAAGCGAUAAAGUACGUUUGGAUGCACUUCAAAAUAGUGUUGACAGCAUAAAAAAUGCAUCGCAAUCAAAUUUCACAAGUGGUUUGCAGAAUGAAACAUUGUCAUGGAUGAAAAAUUUAACCGAUAAAUGUUCAAACGAUUUGAAAAAUGUAUCCAGUCAAUUGGCCGCAUUGAAUGAUAGAUAUAGCGAAAAAAUCAAGAGCAUAAACGAUGAAAUGCAUGAUCAUAAGAACAAAUUAGAUUCUCUUACUGAGAAUUUCGCGAACGUAUCAUCACAUGUCAAUUCCAUUGAAAGUGAAUGGCCAAAAUUCAUGCUGGCGAAUCGACAACUUGAUAGCCUUGUCACACGGGUGAACAGUGAUGUGAUGAUUUUGAAGUCGAAUCUAAGCAGUUUCGAUGCAACACUCCGUGAUCUAUUGGUACAACAACAAGAAGCAAAAAAAGAACACGAUUCAAACGUAAACAAUGCAAUGUUCGGCGAAUCAAAUGGAUUACAAGCGAGUCAAAACGAAUCAAAGGUGACUGGUUUUCCCAGCGAAAUUCUAACCGGUGGUGAAACGAUGAACUCAACAAAUCCACAACCAAUUACACCUCAACCUGUGAACAACAAUACACAGUCAUCCCCAUCCACAGCAGCAGCAUCGUCAUCGACCACAGUACCAUAAAUACAUUAAAUAAGUGAUGUUUAAUUUAAAAAGGCGUCUAUUCUAUAAACCUUAAAAAAAUCAAAUCUUUCACAAAAGAAAACGAAAACCAUUUUACCAAAAUCGAGCGAUAAAGAUGCAUUUGAUUGUCAAUGGCAUAAUCCUAGUCGCUUUAAAUAUAGAUCAGUAUUUGUAGUACAAAAUGAACGAAUUAAAACUGGUGAAACAAUAGCCUAAUUCCUAGCACACAAUUCAAAGCUAGCAAAUUUAUUAUAAAAUGCACCAUCCGUAUUUCAUUCACAAAACCUACAAUAAAAUACUGAUUUGAAAAAAAAAAUCCAACAAAUUCAAGCAACUAAAAGACGACAUAAAAUUCGUCAAAAUUUCGUCCAAACUGAAGUAAAUGAAAGAAACCAGUGUAAUUUUAAUUAAAAAAAAAAAACAAUUAACACCUAUUAAUGAAAUCAAAUAGAUUUGUUGAUAAAUUUAACCAUUAUAUUACGUAAUAUAUUAUGGAAGUCGAUGAAUGGCAAUCGCAGUGUUUUUGACCGAUUGAGCAAAAGUUGAAUGGAUGUAGAGGAACGAUUUAGAACCAGACAGAAUAGAAAGAGAUAUUUUAAAUUAUAUUUUCAUCACAUUAUUUAUUACUCAUUGAUUGUAAAAGAAAAUCAACUACAACCAAAACCAAGAUAAAAUAGUGUGAAACCAGCGUGAUGAAUAAAUAUAUAUAUGUAUACAUUCUCUGUAUUUUAUUGUCAAUUGAAAUAAAAUGAUGAAAAAAUGAUGUUA